UUCACAAAAAAUGUCAAACCAAUCUGAAGUAUAAAGUGUAGAAGACUCGAUAAUGUGUUUAUUUUGCUUAAGAAUUAGUGCUUAAAGUCGUGAUAAAUUAAGGUUUUAAGCCUGAUUUGGCCACACCAGCUUUUCUUAAACUGAGUUGGAGCAAACAUCCCAAAAUCUAAAGGCAAAUUUAAGUUUACGGUAAAAAAUCGAUUGUUAAAACGGAGAUGGGCUCUCAGCGAAAGUUAAUGGCUAGCGGAUAUUUCCUGCUUGUUUUUCUUGGACACUCGAUCAUUGUCCACAGUGUAGAAUUAACUUUUGAACUUCCUGACAAUGCCCGUGAAUGCUUCUACGAAGAAAUCAAGAAAAAUCAAACAGCAACAUUAGAAUUUCAGGUUGUAACAGGUGGGCAGUAUGAUGUGGAUGUAUCAUUGGAAAGUCCGACGAAAGAGAUCCUUUAUCGACAAGUAAAAACACAAUUUGAUUCACAUCAAUUCACCGCACAGGUAACCGGGGUAUACGCAGCUUGCUUCAGCAAUGAAUUUUCGACUUUCUCCCACAAACUUAUCUACAUGGACUUUCAAGUUGGUGACGAACAGCCUCUGCCGGGUAUCGACGAGCACGCAACUGUCCUGACGCAGCUUGAGACAUCAUCACAGGAAAUCCAUAAAAGUUUAAACGCAAUCCUAGAUUACCAGACUCACCAUCGCCUACGAGAAGCUCAAGGUCGAAAACGGGCUGAAGAUCUUAACGAACGUGUUCUUUGGUGGUCCUUGACAGAAACGGUUGCAAUUCUGGUGAUAGCUGUUGGACAAGUCAUUGUACUAAGAAAUUUUUUCUCGGAGAAAAAACCAAGUCAGAUGAGUUAUCAGUUUAAGUAAAUGUUCUAGCUUAAGCGUGAACACAAAUGUAGAGGAGAACACGUUGACCUCAA